UGAACAUGAUAUUUAUGUGAAAUGUGGUCAACCAUUUUAGCCCGAGCAGGGCUAGCUAAACUACCAUCCACCUCUCAAACCACCUCAAAUAACGCCUCAACGUCACAAACGCAGUCUAAUCUUCUACUCGAUACUUCAGCUUGGAGUGAAAAGUUUAGUUUUCAGCCUCAAAGAGAGAAGAGCAAGAGUAGCAUUGAAAAUCAUUACAAUGGAAAUGUAGUGAGACAUGGACCCGCCAAGAUUUACAAGCCCAGACCUCUGAACAGGAUGGCCAUUCCAGGAGUGAGGAUGCCUACUCAGUUAGUCAGAGGAGUUCCUCCGGGUCGACUAGCCGACAACGUGCGUGCCGUCUCAAAGACCAAAGGACGACAACUCCCAUGCAACACUGAAAUGGCUGCUCUCUUAAACUGCUUCAAAGAAUUUGACUUUGCAGUGGAACAUUGCGUGAAAGAACAUAGAAUUCUUGAACAAUGUGUACAUCAAACACGAAACCAACAUUUGGAGAAGUUGUUGAUGAAGAAACGAGGUAGCGAAGGAAAAGAUUUCGUACCUUGGGAGGAGUUGGAUUCGAUGCAGUUGGCGAAGCAGAUCCAGAAAUACCCGACGGGAGUUCGGCCUCAGUCGUUUAAGUCGAAAGUGAAGCUAAAAGUGUAUAAAAAGUGAACUGAUCAAAUUAAAACUAUGUUGUUUAUCAUCCGUCUAGAGAACUUGUGUCAUUUUUUGAAAAGGCUUCUAUCGUUUUAAUUGAAUAGAGACUGAAAGUGUGUAAAAAAUGAGUCGAUGAACUGUUUAA